UAUAGUGGUGUUGGUCGGGGCCCCGCACACCACCCAAGGACCUCAGUGUGUGUGUGCGUGCGUGUGUGUGCGUGCGUGCCCAUGCUCCGCCAGCCCCGGGAACAACUCACUACCUUGUAAGUAGUGACGUGGCGUCGAGUGGGGCAAGCGUGUGUGCGUGCGCGUGUAACGACAAGUAUGAAAACAACAACAGAGCUUGCCCCAGCCUGCCCGGAGCCACACCACGAGAUGAACUCAGUGUGGCUAUAAAGGAGUUAGUGUAACGGACGAAAAGUGAUAGUGUCAGUUGACGAAGAGAAAUCGACUUGAGUGGCAGUGAGUGAUUUCGGUGCCAUAUAAGGCAGAGGUAGAAGGAAGGAAAGGAAGAGUAUGUCUGAUAAAUGGCAAAAGGGUAAGGCACAGGCAGGGAAGAAGGGAAGUCUGUACAAGUGAAAUAGCUACAAGCAGAGACACAAGCAGACAGGCUGGCUGGCUGGAGCAGUGGUGUCAACGCUACACAGCCACUCGGCACUCCGCGGGCGCCCCGACUCACCCCGACGAACCGACAAACUGUAGCUCUACUGAACAUUAUAAUUAUGAACUCUGGUGCUCCUCAUGUCCAAUUUCUUAAUAACGACUAUCCCGUUUAUUACUCCUAUACAAAACAUGGUCAAACCUUUUUCUCGGUAGGCUAGACGACAACAUUUCCAGGUUUUUCAUCAUCCAACAAUUUUAGGUGAUAACAUAAUAAUAAUAAUAAUAAUAACAAUACAUAUAUAUUUUUUCCCGCUUGCUGUGACUGUGUGUUCAAAAAUAUUGUGCGUUUCUUCAUCUCGAUGUGUUAAGUAAGGCAGCAAGAAGAAGGCUCCUCCACACGGCAAACAAACCCUCUCCGGGACCUCCUCUGCUCGAGUACCGUUUCUUUAGGGUUAAGGUCAUCCUAGUCCGAGUCAGUCGUCGCUCCUUGGUUCUCCUUCUCGUCCCCGGGCUCGGCCAAGCCUCGGGUGCAGUUUGUACAUCAACGAAUUCUCAUUAACGUUUUGUAUUCUCGCGAGUAUACAUAUAUACACAUAGGUUUUUUGCUCCAUUUAUAUUAACGAUACUAAUAAUAAUAAUAAUAAUAAUAGCUCUCAAACAUUAUGAUUAUACCUUUUCAACAACUUUUUGGCUUCACGACUAACUUUGAAAGGUUAAAAUAUAUAUAAAUAAUACUAACGCUAACGAUAGAACUACUACUACUACUCCUAAUCCUGUAAUUACUAUGGUUAAUGGUAAGUGGCGGUGGGCGGCGUGUGUCUGUCUGUGAUGAACGCCCUCCGCGGCUGGCGAGUGAUAGCGAUUCAAAUAUACCAAAGACGCCGUAAAUUAAUUCUCCCUUUUUUCCAUAACUCUAAAGACAAACGAUUAUUAUUAUUAUUGCAGAGUGUAUGUAGUACGUUAUGGUCGAUACUCAUUAUUAUUAUUCUAGGUGAUGCUAAGCGUGUACCAAGCAAGCCCUCAGUUCAAAGGUAUAACUAAUAAGAACUACUACUACCAAUGUUCAAAUUCCGUUGUUUGGUAUUGAUGAUUUGUUUUCUAGCUUCGAAUAAGAAUAGUUUUUUAUAUGAUAUGUAUAUUAUUAGUACGACGUAAUAUUAUGACGACGAGAGUUACAUACAAUCCAACGCAAAGUUCUUUCUCCUCAUUAGUUGAUUAAGCUGAUGCUGACACCUCAACACACACACACACACACACACACACACACACACACACACACACACACACACACCCGAGGACGGAGUUAGUUUUCCCUACUACUAUUAUAACUACAACAAUUACCACUACGAGCACUUCUCCUUACACUACCUCCCCCCACUUCUCAGUACUGCUAUUACCUCCCCUGCUGUACUACUACCUCAAGCACUGUUAAGGCCCGCACUACUAAACAAUCAGUCAAUGCAAUACACACACUUACUCCCGUUUUCUCUCGCUUCCCUCAUGCCCCUUCUCGUACCCACAUUCCCUCUCUGCCCCUUCGCAAGAGUCGCCAAAGUGGUCAGUUUACUGUAUUAGGAAGAGGGCACAUAGGGAGGCACGCGUGCUUUUCAUUAGUCACGAAAUGUCACGAUGUUACAAACCUAAUGCACGUAACCUCGGAAGUGUGUUCAACAAAAUGUGCAAACUCAACAUAGCUACAUUAUAGUUAGUUUUACGUAAGCUGAGCAGAUCCACCGCUCUUAUUAAAGUUAUAAUAGUGUGAAUAGCUGAAAACCUAUUGCAUUUGAGCUCUACCCUUAUCAAUUUGAACCCGUGACCAAAGAUAAACCCGUAUAUGAUAAAACAUCGAUAUAAAGAUGUCGAGAUAGUAUCCAAAGCUACCAAGUCGUAACAAAAAGCGGGUAAAGCAAAUCGAUUCCACAAAAGCUUCACCCUACACCUGUAGCAGUAUACUAAGUCACUGCCGAGCUGUGAACCAGUUGCUCAACUUUCAACUCCAACCGGGAUUACACUGCACCGUGGGAGUAGAAGUAGAACAUGUACUGUCUGCAGCAACGUGUAGCUUAACUUCACGUAUAGUAGCACGUGUUGUGUAGCCUCUAGACAGGCAGGGUGCAGACUUUCAUACACUAUUCCCCGUUCCGACUCAGUAUUCCCUAAAGUAAACCAAAGAAAACACUACCUAGCCAAAGUAAAGUCAUUAGUUUAAAAUACCUCAAAUUAGACUACUGGACGGGCACUGUAGCCCUUCCUCCAUGGUCAUAAGUGUAGUAAACAAAUGAUAAACAGGUCAUACUUUAGAGGCCCUGUCACCUAACAUGCUCGAAAAAGAACAUGAUAAACCUUUACGAGCUACACAGAAAGACAGAUACAGAUAAACCCCUCCAUACUUUAUGUUGCUCCUUUGAACUCCUCCUCACACUCAGCCCUCACCGCCACGACACCUCAGAACACCGCAACACAACCCCACACAACACACUCACCCCCUCGUACACCCCACCGACAACACGAAUGGCAAGGAGGCAAGAUUUCCGUUAUUUCUCCAUCCUCUUUUUCCCAGUUUAAAAGAAGUCCCAUAAAAAUAAGUCUCAUUACAUAUAACAGGCCACGAUCGAGUGACUUCAGGUUAAUAUUCCGUCACUAAUAGGUUCGUAUAAUGCCAAGUAAAUGAUGUACUUGAAUUAGAGUAAAGUGGACUCUUGAUAUACCACUUCAAACCCGUGUGUUCGAGGUGGAAUGAUGAUUAUUUUAUUCUCUUUGGACAUUAUAUCUCCCCUUCAUUACAUUGCUUACCCUUCUUGAGCGGAAUUAUGCUCGUCUUAAAAGAAUUUGACUCUUGUUGGACCCAAACUUUGCAUCUCCCUCUGUUACACUGUUAAGUCUUUUAGUACGGAGUUAUAUCAGUUUUAAAAGACCUUGAACAUGACUGGAACCUAACGUGGAACUUCUUGCUCUAAAAGAUAAUGGUCGGUAUUAUAAAACACGUUCGCUUCUCACAACAACUAUUUCUAAAGGUCAAGAGGGGAUCAAUCGGGUUUUAAUGAGUGUUUCUUUAGGUUCAUGGUACAGAGGAAGGAUCAAACUAUCACCAGGGUCAUAAAACUACUUCUUGAAAUGCCCCAAAACUCCUACGAAAGCCUUGUCAAAUAUGUGAACUUGGGCGACGAAAUGUUUAGUAAUACGGCCCAAUGAAUCGCGUGUCCCUGCCUCCUAGCCAUGUCGUGUUCCCGUGUUGUCCCGCCUCUGCCUCCUCGCCACGUCGUGUUCCUGAUGUCGUCCCGCGUCCCUCCCCACGUUGUUGCCAUACUUAUACAUUCUCCAUUAUUACGCUUGGUACAAAUGAGUUUCUAUAGACUUGACUUGUAUGUGUAAAUCAUCAGGUUGGAGAUAGCACUUAUAAUUAUAGAGAAUGUUAUUAUCAUUGUUCGUGGCAUUGUGAUUAUUAUUAUUAUCAUUACUACUAUUAUUAUUAUUAUAUUUAACUUUUCUACUUUUUGCUAUGCCUCAAGUGUGAUUGUGUACAUUCUAGUCCUUUUCUUAUAUUUCUUGUAUUAUUUUUGUUUUGUUUUCAAGUGUAUGAGAGUAUAUAUUGAUUGCUCUCGUUAUUUAUUCUUUAUUUUCAAUCCGCCAUGUAUAUUAAUUGUUCCCGUAAUUUACUUUUUUUUUCAAUCCGCCAUAGCUAUGUUAAUUUAUUACGUGAACGGGUGGGUGUUCGUACUAAGUCUAUAUGUUACUGUGUUCGUGUAUGUGCUAGUAGAUUAUAGAGACGUAUGCAUUCUCGCGACAUACACCGCUGUUAAAACACUUCUCUACACACAGACAUACAUACAUCACCGGACAUGCCGACAUCAAACAUUCUACAAAACAUCAGAAGAAGAAAACCUUUGUACCGUAUUUUAUAAUCGUUUGUAAUUGUCUUUUUUUUAUCAUCAUCUAAGUUGUUGGCGAAACUUGUGUAAACCUGUAUACAACUCGUUCCUUCCCUGCUGCACACACACCGAGUUCUCAAUGUCAAAAAAUAAUGAACGCAAAUGAAAGAUGAAGAUGAAAAGAGCGGAAAAGAUACUCCCAUCACAUUAAUUAAAUCCGUCUCUAUCGAGUGCAGGAUCAUACACCAGACACAAUAGCAUAGUAAUAAUUAUACGGUUAAUACUAACUAACAAUCAGACGAAGCUUUAAUUACCGUUCUAUAAAUAAUGAUAAUAAUAAUCCUGUCACGUCAUGAUGAGAAAGGGUUUAAUUAAAUCUCAAAUCAGGGAGCUCAGUCACUCACUCUGUCAAGUUAAAAGCAUUCCUACCAUCACUUUUUUUUCGCAUCAUCUACUUUUACAUAUUUUUUUCCUUUCUGUCAAAUCAAAAUCUUCUUAAUUACGUAAGAUGCGUGUUUGUUAUAGGCGUUACUACUCUGCUGGUGUGACCGGCGUUACUGUACUGUUAAGUGUGGGAGGAGAAGGAGGAGGAGGUGGAGUGGAAGCGAUGUGGCGUGAGGUGAGGUGAGAUGGAGCAGGAGGUGGACAGGCAUAGCAAGUGGGCAUAAGUAAACGGGAAGUGUGUGUGGUGAUAGCUACGUCGUGUGUUUGUGUUUAUCUAAGUACUGUUCGUUACGUCAUGUGUCUAAGAACGCGAACGGACACUCAGACACGGACAUGCACGCCACUAUACACACUAACGCCACACACACAAGAGCGCCUGACUCCUGCGCCGUCACCUCAAGUCUGCACCCCACCUCCCCUCACCUCGACUCCCUUCCACCUGCCCGCUGUUCAUACCUCAUGUUUUCUCGGCACCUCAAAGCAAAGGCACCUCAACCUAUGUCUCCUCUCUUUGGUGGUCUCUCUUCCUAGUGCCACAUCUCGUAUCCUUUCUUCCCUAUAUCUGUUUUCUAUUUUAAUGUAGCCUUUAUGUCUUUUUCCUGGCUUCAUUAUGCUCACAACAACUCUCUCUUCUUGGGGUUAUAUUCUCAGUUUCAAUCUUUUUCUAGUCUCCUCUUCCUCAUACAUCUUUGGCAGUAGGGUUUUCUUAUUAACUCAUCUGCAUUACUCUCAUCCUCCUCACUAUCCUCAUACUCUCCCAAAACCUUGUCAUCCGCCUCAACCCCUCAUCAUACUCAUUGCACUCACAUGGCAGGUUAUUCCUUUCCAUCACUCGCCCUCAUGUUCUCGAUAGCGGUUAGUCUAUCACCACGACCAUUUUUCGAGUCACCUUCCUCGCCCCAUAAGCUGUCAUUUUCGCGUCCACACUAAUAUGCUUACGAAAUGUUGCAGUAUUGAUACCGACCCGUGAAAACCACGUUCAAUACACAGAAAUGGGGAGAAUAUGGCUUUACUGAGUGGUCUCUUCCUGAAACACUAACUGUCCAUUUCUAUUCCCAGUUGACGCAGGAUCAUGCGCCGGAAAACAGCACUGAAAGCCCAGAGAGAAUUUAUCUAAGAACCACAGAAUAUCUAUGUCAAGGUAAACAUCAAAUAUAUCCACAACAAAAAGCACCAUAUUUUGCACAUACAUUAAUGGUCAGUGCAUUGCUAAACUCAGAAAGGCCACCUAAAUAUACAGAAACGAGGAGAAAACAAGCACUUAAACCUCAAACGACCAUAAAAUAAGGUACUUUCCCGCCGCUGAGGUGAGCCGUCGCUACCUCGACCGCCAUAUUGACAAUGACGCAUCACGAAGCGCAUCAAAAGUAUUUCUUGAAAUUAACAACAACCGAACCUAACGUACCCCUGGACCCCACCCCCCCUUCUUUUCUUAAUCAAACCAAAUCUAACAUAACCCAUCGAUCCCUGACAAACCAAACCUAACAUCAUAUUCUAACGGAGGGAGGACUUGACCCCCUCGACCCGUCCUCAUAUUCAAACCUUAUAUCCCAGCUCAACCCACCCCCCUUAUCUAAAUCUAACCAAAUAUAACAUAACCAGUCGAACCCCUUUCCUCUGACUAAACUUACCCUCAUAAUCUAACGGAGGGAGAGCUUUGUCCCCCGUCGACCCUCUCUUAUCCUGCAACCAAACAUGACCACAUCAAAACAGACAGGGAGCUCACAUUACUCCUCGACCAACCCUAAUCUUAAUCAACUAAACAUAACUCAAUAAACAUCAACAUAAAUAAGCAUCUAACACUCACCUACUUUGCUGGGUCACUCCUGUAGAAGCGACAGAUGAGGUCGAGCUCUGAGACUACGGGGACACUAAAUAUUCAAAUCGAGGCGCCUUGAAACGAGCCUAUGAAAGCGUGCCUCUGAUUGGCCCUCUAAGGAACAGUAUCCAGCCAUUGAUUGGUGCAACUACUUACUAUAACGCGGCUCCUCAUUGGCUGAAAGAAAAAUGGAUCGCUCAAGCUUUUAUAAUAUAAGAAAUUUAUCAGUCCUGAUCGAAUACUAAGGAACUAACGGCAAGCCACAAUCUAACUAGCAGUCAAGGCCGGGGAGGUUAAAUGAGCAAAAAAUGAAGAAAUAACAACCAUUAGCCUCAUCCGAGUGCUCUGAAAUGUGUGAUACCCGCGACUGGAUAAGACAAGUCGCUAUGCACUCUGCAAAUAAUAUUAUGAGAACCGUAAGUAGUGACAGAAGGAGACCGCUCAGUUAGCUUUUAUAAUCUCAGCAAUGACAAUGUGUAAUACCCGUGACUGGAGCAAAAAACGCAGUGAACACUACUCAAUGAAAACCGCAAGUAAUAACUGAAGGAGACCGUUCAGUUACUCUAUAUGUAUCUCCCACUAUGACAAUGAUACAAAACACAUCAAUGAGCUACAGGACACAAACAUUACCUUCAGCCAAAAAUCGCUUCCUGCCAAAAAUACUCACCCGCCAAAUCGCCAAAUCGCCCGCGUCUUCACUCCCCGUCACUCGUUAUCUACAGUCAUUUCCACAUACUUCAACCGCUCCCAGUGGCUUCUCGGCGUACUCAAUCAUCACACUUCUUCUUAAUUGUGCCCUGAUGCUCUCCAAGGCGGUAUAUGUCAAGAGGGAAGCGAAAUCUUUCAUUGUUACACCAUCACCACCACGCGACGUCCUUCGCGCAUGCCGUGAUGCUGGACACUAGGGUUGCCGCAGCUCGCCAACUUACCGAUAAAAAAGUAUACAUCAUGAAAUCUACAUCCGUAGUUGUUUCAAUGGAUUUUUAUGAAUAUCAUGCGGGAAAAAACAAGUAUUAACAGUAGUUUAUAUAACGCACAUGAGAUAUACCGGAUAAUAAGAGGAAUCAACAAUUAUUCGAUACUGUAAACCCGAAGCUUCGAAUCUGUCAUCCGCCUCACCUGCGCCUUCCUCAGAAAGACGGGGCAGCUGACGCACCUGUAAAGCCCUCACAGGACGACACCAAGGCUCAUGUGAGCGACUAGAUCGCCGCGGCCCAAAACAACAACAACAACAAUAACUUCUCAUAUGGCAAUCAAGUAAUAAUUCAUCUAAUACACUAUCCCUAUCCUACUGACUUCUACUACUACUACUACUACUACUACUGGCCUCACUUAUAGUUGCAUUGUAUUUCUCUCUAUCUCCUUUCUUGGACUCUUAUCACUUUCUCCCUCCGCUUGGUGUCCUGAGCGCAUGGGGUAGGAAAGAAAAAUAAAAUAAUAAAAAACUAAUCUAUCGCGUUACGUAACAAUGAAGGAUGUACCUGUGUGUGUAUGUGGGGCCAGGCGUGUGUGUGUGUGUGUGUGUGUGUGUGUGUGUGUGUGUGUGUGUGUGUGUGUGUGAGGGGCUCCACGUGGCGUGCUUGUGUUUGUUCGUUCGUCAAUUUGUUCUUUCGUGUGCCGUCAUUUCUUCGCCCCCCUCAAGUGUUACCUGGAGAGAGACAGGGGGGGAGGGGGGGCUUGCAGGGGGGGCAUAUAGGACGGGAGGGGGGAGGGAGGUAGGGGCCCGGUGCUGCUCUCUGGCGGCCGGGUCUAACACUAAGCAGUAAUAAUAAUAGUAAUAAUAAUAAUAAUGAUGAUGAUGAUGAUGAUGAUGAUGGUUAGUAUUACAUUACCUUUUUUUUUGUAUGUGUACGUGCGUGUGUGUGUAUAUUUAUUAUUAUUAUUGUUGUUGUUGUUGUUUAUCGUGUAUGAGUAAUAGAUUGAUUUGUUUAUUAUUAUGAUUAUCUUUAUUCGUUAUAGUAUACAUUAUGCUUGUUCUUUAGCUUCUUAAUAUUAUCAUUCUAUCAUUGUUAAAACGUGUGUUGUUGUUGCUGUUGUUGUUAUCAUUAUUAUUAUUAUUAUUAUUAUUAUUAUUAUUAUUAUUAUUAUUAUUGCUAUUAUCAUUGAAGGUCUAUGCUGUAUUGUUAUUUCAUUGAUUCACUGCUUGGGAUAUGUUGAUUACGUAAUGAUAGGCAGCUGUCUAUCCAUCUAUCUAUCUUUUUACGUCUGUCUGUCUGUCUAUCAAUCUGUUCAACGAAAAAAAUUUGUAUCGGGUGCUUUACUGCUCUUUAUAUAUUUGUUUAUAGGUAAUUAUUUCUUUCUUUAUUUAUUGGAUUAUUUUUAUUCUAGUCUUUGAAUCCUUCCAGGAAUCAAACGUCAAUAUUAGCGCUCUCUCUCUCUCUCUCUCUCUCUCUCUCUCUCUCUCUCUCUCUCUCUCUCUCUCUCUCUCUGUCUCUCUCUGUCUCUCUCUGUCUCUGUCUGUCUCUUUCUCUGUCUCUCGUAUGCUACCUCACUCAAAGUAAAACAUUAAUAUAUUCCUAAAUAUUCUGGUUUUGCCUUUUAUCUUUUACCUUUUAUACAUGUUUUGUUAUUUUUUAAUUAGUCGAAAAAAUUAUAUACGUGUUUGUGUAUUUAUCGAAGGUAUUACUGAUUUGUUACAUCAUGAUCAGCCUCUCUCUCUCUCUCUCUCUCUCUCUCUCUCUCUCUCUCUCUCUCUCUCUCUCUCUCUCUCUCUCAUCCUUCCCCCUUUAUCUUUCUUCCCCCUGUAUUCUCCAAAUCCUCUCCCCCUCCUUCCCACCCCCCUUGCCCCCCCUGCCCCGCCCUGCCCCGCGCCUCGGCCCGGGAUCAGGAGGUCAACAUUAUAUUUAGGGUGUCUCGCCAAGUCAGAUUUUUCUAUUCUCCUCUAUGUGACGAAUACUCAAUAAUAAAUAAAA